CUGCAUGUCGACUGCCGCCGAUGCGCCAGGAUUCUUUGCGGAGGCCGGCACCGCACCCGCCGUGCAACACUUCAAGGAACAAGUCAACUCGCAGCGUAGAGGCAGAGGAAAACAUACAAAACAAAUCGCACAACACGGCGAUUUCCGGCCCCCUUUGCCUCUUGGAGAAAAAGAUUUCCAGCUUCGACGCCCUUUAUAUCCCCGUGGCGGCCUCCCCAACCACCCCACCCGCCUCCCCGCCCCGCAUCGUCGGCAUCAUGUCCGAUCUCCGCGCCCCGGAGCACCAGGUCGCCGGCCACCGCGCGGCGCCCGACAAGCUCGGCCCGCUGGUCGACGGCGCCGGCCUCUUCUACAAGCCGCUGCAGGCCCUGGACCGCGGCGAGCAGGAGCUGGCCUUCUACACGGCCUUCUCCGCCCACCCCGACGUGCCGCCCCGCAUCCGGGACGCCUUCUUCCCGCGCUUCCACGGCACGCGCCUCCUCCCCACCGCCGCCUCCCCCGGCGAGUCCCACCCGCACCUCAUCCUCGACGACAUCCUCAAGGGCCUCGCCGCGCCCUCCGUCACCGACAUCAAGAUCGGCGCCUGCACGUGGCCCCCGCGCGCGCCGGAGCCCUACGUCGAGAAGUGCCUCGCCAAGGACCGCGGCUCCACCAGCGUCCUCCUCGGCUUCCGCGUGUCCGGGGUCAUGGUCUCCGACCCCAGCGGCGUCGUCUGGCGGCCCGACAGGUCGGAGCUCAAGGGGACCGACAUCCCCGGCGUCCGCCGCAUGCUCCGGCGCUACGUGUCGUCGGUCGGCGGCGAGGACUGCGCGCUGGCCGCGGCCGUGUACGGGGGCGAGGGCGGGGUCCUGGCGCAGCUGCGCGAGCUCAAGGCGUGGUUCGAGGUGCAGACGCUGUUCCACUUCUACUCGGCGUCGGUGCUGCUGAGCUACGACGCCAACGCGGUGACCGCGCCCGGCGGCGCGCCGAGGGUCAAGCUGGUGGACUUCGCGCAUGUGGUGGAGAGCGAGGGGGUGAUCGACCACAACUUCUUGGGCGGCCUCUGCUCCCUCAUCAAGUUCAUAGACGACAUUGUCUCUUCUGACAAGGCGCCUCCGGUUCAGUCUUGAGGAGAUCCUGGAGCACUUUGGGAGCUGAUACAGUACAAAAGGUAAUAUAUCCAGUCACUAGUUGGAUUCUUCCAUGAUCCUUCAGCUUGCAGAGGUGUGGAAAGUGCACGGCUUUGGGGGAUGGUCGCUUAGGCUAUGUUCAACCAUUUUCGAUGGGGGUUCAGUAAUAAGAUUGUAGAAACACGGGUCUCUUCUGUAUCUUAUUUGUUCUCGGUUUUGCUAGCCCUUGUGCUUUUUUGCCUUUUGUGGCCCUUGUUUGCUUACAUUGAGUGUUGAAAUCGUUGAGGUAAUAUAAUGACUGUAUGUAGAGGGCUGAGGUUUUUCUCUCCCUUUCCGAAAGAAACGGCACUGAUGCUUUGAAGGUGCAA